CUGGUUUAGCCUCGCUGUGUGGCUGAGAGCAUCCUCCAUCGUUGGGUUCUUCUCCUCAGUGGAGGGAGGUGGGACUUGACCCGGUCUUGUGAGGAGAUGCCCGGGGAUGGGGAGUUGUCACCCUGAAGGGUUGGGAGGAGGAGGAAGAAGAGGGAGAAUAAUAAUUACCAGCCCAAAUAUUUGCCUCUGAAAAAGGCUGGGGAGCAUCUACCUGGUUCCUUCAAACCAGAAGAAAACUGAGGUAGAAAAUCCAAUCUGAGCUGCGCUUUUAUCCCUAGAAGGACAUCCUUUGCCUCAAGUUAGUACAACUUUUGUAGUUUGUAAUUUUUUAAAAUAAUUUUCAGUCAUCUCUGAGGCUCUUAAACUGUGAAGAAGCUGAGCCACAAUUUUGAUUUUUGAUAUUUUUUUUAAAGGGAGGAGAGACUUUUUAAGUUUUAUUUUUGGCUGCUGAACUUGAAAGGGAUAGGUGCAAAGCAAAAGGCAGAGCUAGGGGAAAUUAAAAAUGCUCUUUUCCAGGGUAUAUAAAUUCACCUGGAUUUUAUUAGGUGGGAGAGAGAAAUCCUGAAGGUGAAUAUCACUUCUCCCCGCCCCCCCUUCCUUGGUAACUAUUUUUGUAUAUCUAACAGGAGAAACUGAAGGCUAAAUUUGCUAGCCGUUUGGACAGCAUUUUUUGCUUCCUAGGAAAAUUUUGAAAUAUUUCCUUUCCCUGAGUUUUCUAAAAUGCGGAUGUUUGUAAAUUCCUAGCUGUGUUCACAGUUUGUACAGAAAACAUUUUCCCCCAGGAGACUUUAUUCAGGAACGAGCUCGGAAAGGAACCCACCACUGGACUGAAACUGCACGCCUCCCCUCCCAAUGACAAUGUGGACUUUUUUAGGCAUUGCUUCCUUUGUCUAUGUCUAUAAGAAAUGUGGAGACUUGAUGAGUUACGCCAACAAGGAGCUGCUGAUCUCCAUGCUGGUCUUCUUUUCUCUUGGGUUGCUGCUUUCCUAUCGAUAUCGGUCGAGGGGACUCAAAGAACAGAAGCGCAAGAAGCCCUGGUGGGGGCUAUUCGGUAACUUUCUAGCCACUGUUCCCUUUGUUGGAUUUUUCUGGACCAAAUCUCACAUGCAACCUCAAGAAGACCUGCAAGCUGGAUACCGGAAGGGUCGGAGGAAGGUCAACACCCCACUGGAGACCACAACGGAGACCGUGAUCGCUUCAGCGCUGCCUCCUCAGUCUGACCCAGAGAUUAUCAUUGUGGGGUCUGGUGUGCUCGGCUCUGCUUUGGCGGUGGUGCUGGCGAGGGACGGCAGGAAAGUGACUGUCAUCGAGAGGGAUCUGAAAGAACCUGACCGGAUAGUCGGAGAAUUGCUGCAGCCCGGAGGGUAUAAUGCCCUGAAAGAUCUGGGCCUGGAUGAGGCAGUAGAAGGGAUCGAUGCUCACACAGUCAAUGGCUACAUCGUUCACGACCUGGAAAGCCAAACUGAGGUCGAGAUCCCUUAUCCUCAAGAGACAAAUGGCUGCGUGCAAAGUGGAAGAGCAUUCCAUCACGGACGUUUCAUCAUGGGUCUCCGAAGGAUGGCCAUGGCAGAGCCCAACACAAAAUUCAUCGAAGGGACAGUGCUGCAGCUACUUGAAGAAGACGAACGUGUGGUGGGCGUUUUGUACAGAGAGAAAGAAACCGGAGAUGCCAAAGAACUCCACGCACCCCUUACGGUUGUGGCUGACGGUCUCUUUUCUAAGUUUAGGAAGAAUCUCAUCUCCAACAAAGUUAAAGUCCCAUCCCAUUUUGUAGGGUGUAUUUUGAAGGAUGCACCUCAAUUUAAAGCCAACCACGCUGAACUUGUGUUGGGAAAUCCUAGUCCGGUGCUGAUCUACCAGAUUUCUUCCAGUGAAACCCGUGUCCUUGUUGAUAUUCGAGGUGAAAUGCCAAAGAACCUUAAAGAAUACAUGAGCGAGGAAAUUUAUCCACAGCUGCCAGAGCACAUACAGGAGCCGUUCCUCAUAGCUGUUCAGAAUGAUCGACUGAGGGCAAUGCCAGCCAGCUUUUUGCCACCUUCCCCUGUUAACAAAGCAGGAGUCCUCCUCUUGGGUGAUGCUUACAACAUGAGGCACCCUCUAACAGGCGGAGGGAUGAGCGUAAUUCUAAACGAUAUCAAGAUCUGGAGGCGUUUGCUGCAGGCCAUUCCAGACUUCUAUGAAGAUGCCGAUCUUCUACAGGCAAAAAAGGCCUUUUACUGGACAAGAAGGAAAAAACACUCUUUCGUGGUGAAUGUCCUUGCGCAGGCCCUUUAUGAAUUAUUUUCUGCGCCAGAUGACUCUCUGCAUCAGCUAAGGCGAGCCUGUUUCCUUUACUUCAAACUUGGUGGCAAGUGUGUUUCUGGUCCAGUUGGAUUACUCUCAGUCUUGUCGCCUCAGCCAGUGGUCCUGAUUGGCCACUUCUUUGCCGUGGCGCUCUACGCCGUCUACUUCUGCUUCAAGUCGGAAUCGUGGAUCACCAAACCGAGGGCGUUUUUGAGCAGCUCUGCCGUGAUGUACCGGGCUUGCUCUGUCAUAUUUCCACUCAUAUACUCGGAAAUAAAGUACAUCUGUUGAACAGAAAAGAGAUGAAUCUGCGACAAGAGGCGAGCCCGAGGAGGCCCUGUCCUCCCCUUCACCUUGUGGAUAUGGAAUGAUUCAGUCCACCCUUGAUUUUAUGCAAACCCAGGACUUUUAUUGAGGACUUGGCUUUCUUCUGUGAUAUGUGUACCUUCCUUUGUAUAAGAGGGGUCCAACUCUGACACUUCAGAUGUUCAUGGACUGCAGUUCCCAUCAGCUCCUGCUGGUGUGGCCAGUUGGCCAUGCCAGCAGUUGGCCAUGCCAGCAGGAGCUGAUGGGAAUUGAAGUCUAGGAACAUCUGAAGCGCCAGAGUCUGCUCUAUAUAGACAGGAAGCCCUGGUCCUUGCGUGCAGUCGGUACAAGAUCUCCACUGUUCUGUUCAUUCCAGGUGUGUGGGGACGUGUUUAUCUCUUCGCCAAAAGGAGAGGUGCUUAAGUGAAGACCAUCAAAAUGCAGGGUGGGAAGGGGGGGGAUGUGUUACUUUCACACCUUCUGGGAAUAAACACCUAAAACAAAGGAUAUUAAGUAGCCAUUUCUGAUGUGGGGCCGGUCAAGCUCUCCUCUCCCCUGUCACUCUGAUAGCCUUUUAACUGUACGUUAAAAAUAAAACCAAGCGGGGAGUCAGUUCUGCCUCUCUUAACCAAAAAUGGAAGCACCGUGUCAGUUUUCCCCGACUUUCAUAACACGUAAGUCGGGCUGCCAUUAUCUUCCUGCUGCGGAUCUACAUCGUGGAACUGCAUUGUGCGGGGGACAGAAAUAGUGCCUGUAGACAGGAUAAACUGUAUGACACUCACAUAGAACAGAGAGAACUCAGUGUGGGUGCUUUGUGUUCCUUAACAGUUCCAUGUUUCUUGUACCCCUGCCCUGGGGCAGCAGUGCUCACGGAGAAACACUUGCCGUUGCAGGAGGUGAGAUGUCCUGGAAUGACUGGCCUAGUUAUCAUUGAUUGUGAUCAUGGAUGCCACAGUUAUCAUGGAUGCCAUAAACCUAGGGUUGAGGUUUUGUAAGAUUAAACUAUUCCAUUCAGCUGAAAAAC